UCACUAGUGAUCUGUCACAACAUCACUCGUGAGUCUCCAUAUCCUCCUCUGUAGGUUUUUCUGUGUCCUACCAAACACACAUCAGUUUUCUCACAUGACAAUCUAUGUGUGGAGUUCACUUCACUGACGGAAGAAAGUGGAAAAUAUGUAUUUUUCUUUUAUUCUUCUCAUUUAUGCUGCCGGUGUUGCGGUUAAAGAAAGUUGUGCAGAUUUGGUUCCCACUCCCACUAUUGUAUUUUCCCCUGGGUACAUCAAUGUAGCUACACCUGUUACAAUACGCUGUGAGUCACCAAAAGGCACAGAGUGCAAAUUCUACAAAGAUCACGACCCCAACCCUAUAAGGAAACUGGAUUACAAGCAGGGUGCUUGCCAGUUCAAGUUGUUCUGGAAUGAGUUCAAAAGGUGGAACAAGACUGAAGUAGAUCUCAGCUGUGUAAUUCUACAGAACAGAGAAGGUGAAACGAUCAAAACCUCAAAACCUAGUGAUGCUCAAAGACUUAAUGUGGGUGAUCCAAUUGGAAAGCCCAGUGUUCAUGUGUUUAAGAUUGGGAAAUACCUCAAUCUUCGAUGUGAGGCCAAGGCUGGCACCUCAUGCUACUUUUAUCUGAACAUUGGUGACUCACACUUUAAAAAACUACCCUACAAAGACAAUGUCUGUUUGGGGAGAGUGGCAGAAGAGGAACUGCUGUGGAAGAGGAGCAGUGCUGGAGAGAUCUUCAUCACCUGUGCUGUGGAGCUGGUGGUAGAGGGUGAAGAUACUGUGACAUCACAGCAUAGUGAACCCCUCGGUAUCACCAUAGAUGGAGCUACUAGUUCCCCAUCAACGUUCAGUUUAAUCACAACUGUUCAGGAGAAGACAAGCAGCAAUGCCACAGACCAAGGAAAAGAAUCCAUCUCAGAGAUCUCCUUCUACCAGUAUACCAGUCUUCGUGCUGUUGUCUAUGCUAUCAUUCUGCCGAUGGAAUUUGUUCUGUGUCUUCUCUGGUAUAGACGUGGUGCAUGCCUUCUCAUACUCAUACACAAAUUGUAACGGAUCUAGGAACUUCAUUUGAUUACUCUUUUGUUUCUGAGAUUUCUCCUGCAGGAAAUGAGACUUUUCACAGCAGAAAACUCAAACUUGCAGUGCAUUUGAGCUUUAAAAAUACUUCUAAAGUUUGUAAUUUCCACUUUGACAUUUCAGACUUGACUUGCCCUAAAAGAAAUGUAACAACCCCAACAAAAAUAUCCAUUAAUUAUCAUCCACAUAAUAAUUCACAUGUCCUGUUCCUGCAGGAUUAUUUUCCUGCUGUAGCAAACUGGCUCAAAUUAAGAUCCUACAUCUGUUUGUUGUUCCGAAGGCUUUUGUUAUGUCUUUUAUGAGCUAUACAACUUGCCCAUGUGAUUUGUUUUCAUCAUACUUUUUUCUCUGAAGUUGAUCCGCAAGGCAAUGUCAAACGGAGGUAGAAGUGGUCUAUUUAUUCAUAAAUAUUUACUCAUGCAUGUUUCUAUAUUAUCUGUUUGCAUGUACUGGUGAAUUGUCGUGUCUUGACCAAAACCCAUCUAAGCUGCAAUAUGUGUGUGUAGAACAAUGCUCUUUACUCCCCACUGCUUGUUAAUGUAUUUUAUAUUAUUCAAAGUGUUUCAUGUGUAAUGAGUUUAUAUGUCUAAAAUACAGUCAUUUUAUUAGCAUUUCAUUUUGUUCUGCUCAUGGAUGUUGUGUUUUCCAGUGGAAAUAAAGCUUGUACAGUAUAUUGUAAAUCUUGUUGGAAAUGUUUAUUUUCGUUAGAAGUUGAGGAGCCACUCUGAGAGGAGACAGCAUUGUGUUCAGAUUACACAGCAGUUGAGUUUCAAAGGUCUUCAACGUUCUUCAACGGUCCGAUGACUCAUGAUGUUCACUGUUGUACCUGACAUUUAGCAGAGUGUGUCGAGUCUGUUUGUCACGUAGAUGUGACCACAGUGAGGGUACUGAUCAUACAGGUACACUUCUAUUUCUAGAGAUGAGGAGAAGCACCAACAUCCCCCUGCAAACAACCCAGCAUACGGCUUGCUAUUCACAUCUUCAUACUGUAUGAAGCUCAUGUCUAUAUCCAUCAACAGAAAUGACUUGUCAGAGAACAUGAAGAGGUGUGGAAAGACACAUUAAUGGAUUUGUGGUCAUGAUCUAAGCUGAGAUGUGCUACAAUAAGCCUUUGUGCUGCAACUGGUCCUCUAACACUCUGUUCCUAGCCCUCAAACCCAGAUGGAUGAGAACAAGAUCUAUCAUAGUACAAUUUAAAUAAAUAACACGCCAAUUGUAUAAUUUCUGAAUAUAUUGCAAGAUUCACGUAAAAAAAAAAUCCAACCUUUUAAAAGAAACUGGUGCGUCCUACAAGGAGUUGAUGUCAAUGUUUUCCAGUACUAUCACAGAAAUCUUAAUUAUUUGAGAAACAAUCCAUUACCUUUCCUCCUGUGAUUUACC